AUGGAGACGAAGGAUCUGGGAUUUGGGGUGGGAAAGCACGAGCUCUCAAUCAGCUUCAGAGUCGGGCUUCGAUCGGGCCCGCUGUUUAAGUUUAGAUACAGGUCGAACGAACCCUGCCGACCGUUUGACAUGUCCCUGAAGACCGGCACCGGGAUAUUCGAUUCUGUGACGGUGAAAUUUGGCUCUGUCAGCGGUGGAAGCCCCAAGUCCAUGGGAUCGAUGUAUUUGGCGGUGGAGGCAGAGACUAUGAGAAGAGAGACGGAGAUGGCGACGACCGUUUUGUCUAUUUGGUUUUCUCUUUCCCUUGAAUCCCUUGAUUGUUGA